AUGGCCGAUGAACCCCGACGCUCCGGCCGAGCCACCAAAGGCCAGCACAAGAACCUCGAGCUACCAGAAGGCCCCGGCAAGAAGGGCAAAGGAAAAAGCCCCAAGGACAAGAAUGCGAAAUCCUCCGCCGAACCCACUCCCGGUCCCAGUGAAGGCGAAGGAGAAGAGGAGGAGAUAAUCCGCUGCAUCUGUGGUGAAUACGAGGAGGAAACGGAUGUGGAGCGUGAUAUGAUCUGUUGCGAUCAAUGCUCAGCAUGGCAACAUAACGACUGCAUGGGUCUUACCUUCAAGCAGGGCCAAGAACCAGAUCAGUACUUCUGUGAACAAUGUCGACCUGAAAACCACAAAGUCCUGCUGGACAAGAUCAAUGCCGGAGAAAAGCCAUGGGAGGAAAUCGCCGAAAGGCGCCGCCAAAAGGACAAGAAAUCCAAGCGCAAGAAGGGCAAGAAAGGAGCCAGCAAAGCCAGACCAAGUGAGAGCAGGACAGACGCCAGUGCAUCUGUUCGAACUGCGCCUUCGAUCACCCCUGGCCCUGUUGGCUCGCCGGCCCCCGCCGUGUCCGCCUCUGCAGAACCAGAGAAGAACGACCAUGCCAUCGACUCCCGGCGGUCCAGCACCAACAAGCGCAAACUUGAAGACUCUGUCGAGGGAGACAAUGUGAGUCUUGAUCUUUCACCGAACCAUCAUUCUAAACAUGCUAAUUCCUCUUUCUAUCAGGGACCACAGAUCAAACAGCAGCGGAUAUCCCCGCAAUCGAUUCCUGCAGCUGUGCCCCAGGCAACUGCUCCCGAGACCAAGAUGGAAGAUGCUGGCGAGGCGCCUGCAAUUCCAACCCUAGAGGAACUGAUGCCAUCCCGCAGGAAUGUGGCUACCCAUCUCAUCAAGUUCUUUGUAGACCAGGUAACCCUUGCCCUGAAGGCAGGCUCACUGACUUUGCGCGCCAACCAGUCUUCCGAGGACCUGGGAAGGCAACUUGGUUUGUCCAUUGAAGAUGCAAUGUACGAGAGUAUUUGUCAACGGACGGGGGAGCCCAGUGAAGCAUAUAAGUUGCAGUUCCGGUCGAUUAUGUUCAACGUAAAGAAGAAUACUUCUCUACGAGAUCGUCUACUCGUAGGCAGUCUCUCCCCCACGGCAUUGUCUCAAAUGACAUCUGGAGAGAUGGCCAGCGAUGAAUUACAGCAGAAGGACGCUGAGAUCAAACGCGAGGCCGAACGACAACACAUGAUCAUCCAAGAACAAGGUCCUCGCAUUCGUCGGACCCAUAAGGGAGAGGAGUUGAUCGAGGAUGAGAACCAUGGUGCAAAUGAAUCUGUCUUUUCCAGUGCACCUCGGCGUGCCCCCGGGGAGGGUGAAGGGAGCCCCGUGGAUGGAAGCCCGACAAGUCCACAAGGGCCCCAACAGGGCAAAUCGGACGGAUUCGCCAGAGCUCCUUCACCAGGUGGCCAUCACCACGAAGAUGUCUUCCCCGAACUUGCUCCCAAUGUUCGUGAGCCUGUCCCGCACGGUAAGGUGCAAGCCGAUGCCGAGAUUGACCAGCUCUUACGAGACGACGAGCCUGAGUCUCCGCCUUACUCACCAAAGGACUUCCAAGACGAUGGACUUAUCUGGCGUGGCAAGGUCACUAUGCCUCCCAUCGGAGAGUUUCAUUCGGCAGCCAAGCAUGUGGGAGGUGCCGACCUGAGCGGUCGUAUUCCAUGGAGCCAACUGGCCCCACAGACAUUGUUCGUGGAUGGUCGUAUUGAUACCAGACGAGCCACCGAGUAUCUCUGUGGUCUUCAAUUCAGCAAAUCCACAGACGUUUCCGUGAUCGCAGUUACCAGCCCCGACCACCCGGACCAGAAAGCUGGGUUCGACACGAUGUUCGACUACUUCCACAGCCGAGGUCGUUAUGGUGUGAUUGGCAAGCACCCGCUGUCUGCUGUCAAGGACACAUACCUUGUUCCCAUGGAGGUCGGCACCACGGCCAUGCCCGAGUUCAUUGAGCUCCUGGAGAACAUUUCCCUGGAGGGACCUAUCACUGAACGCAUGUUCCUCACAAUAUUCGUCAUCAAGACAGGGGAAUCCAAUCCCCCAUCGGUGCAGCCGCCCUCCCACCAAGCUAGCCAGGAGCCCCAAGUCUCCACCAGCCCUCUCACAACCGUCGCCUCAACACCUCAACAGCCUCAAUUUAACUCCUCGAUGGCGCCUACUCCACCUCCCCACUUCCCUGGAUACAAUCCGAACCCGGCACAGCCAGCCCAGCCUCCGAGCUCUCUGACCGGACUCCCCGCUGCAGUCCAGGUGCUCGGCUCCCAAAGUGACGCCCCAGCCAUUCAACAGCUAUUGAAGACCGCACCAAAUGUGGAUUUGACUCAGCUCAAUGUGGUCCGCGAGAUCUUGGUCCGCCAGCCCAGCGCUGCGGCCAACUACGACAUCUUGAUGAAUGCUCUAUUCCAAAUCCAGACCCAGACGAACGGUGGCCAGGUCCCCCAGUAG